UUGCAGACGCACAGAAGCCCUUUAAUCAUAAUUACCUACCUACCUACCUACCUAACCUAGGUAUCUAGUAUCUAGUCAUCAUUGACGUCUACUCCCGAGUUUGCGCUCGGUUGCUUGCAGUUUUAAAACCAGAAACCAUCCCCAUAGCUUGGGGGAAUCCGCGGAUCUCCCCCCUCCCCUCCCCCCCUCCUCCUUAUUAUAAGAUGUAAGUCGUCUGAACGUUCUAUUUAUCUAUAACCAUGCCGUGCAUUAUCUCGAUAAAGGCCCUCAUCCGCAAACUUCGCAGGGCCACCAUCAUCGUACGCGUCGAGACGAAAGUGAAACGGGAGCGUGAGGUUAUCGACCUGACAACGCCGUACGCAUCUCCCACGCCGCAGACCAAGCCCGCCACGGCCCCGGUUCCGGCUAGGGUCAAAAGCGACCGCCGUAGCGAGCGAGAGCUUUCGAGGACUAUGAGUGCUUCGUCAAGAGAGGCGACGCCCGGGCCUAAUAGUCCGGGAUCGCCGGCCACCACGCGGAAAGAGAAGGGCAAGGAGCCGUGCCGGCCACCAUAUCCGGCCGAUAUGCCAAAAACCCGGCCCGAAGCUAGCACCGCCAGAUCAUCCCGGGAAACGAUGACGGCGGAAGCAAGUAGUACCAGCAGUAGUGCCCGAAGCGCCAAUGCUACCAGACAGCAGCAGGAGCAGCGUUCCGCAGCCCCAGAACGCAGCCUAAGUGCCACCGCCGCUGCAGAACCCGACCCGUCGUCUCGCAAGCGAAGCCUAAGCAUCACCGCAACUGCCGAACCCGCGCCAUCAUCUCGUAAGCGAAGCUCAGACACUCAGCACACCAUCGAGAUCAAAGACGAGCCGGAGGACGACGACGACGACGACAACUACGACUACCCCAACAACCACAGGCACCUCCACAACUCCCUGCCUCACCCCCCCAAAAAGGAAGAAGACCCUGAUUCCGACGAUAAUGACGACGAUGACGACGAACCAGAGAUAUCCCCCUUCAAGCGCCAGCGAACCUCCACGUACACCGACCUCUCCGCGAUUCCGCUCGCCCCCCUAUCCUCAUCAGCACAAGCACAAACACGAGCACGCUCGCCAUCCCUCUCCCCAUCCAUCAAGCUCUCCCCCUCCCCCUCCCCCUCGCGCUCCCCCUCCCCAUCUCCCUCCGCCCCCACAACCCACAUCCCCGUGCCCUCCACCUUCCCCUCCCCCUUCGUGCACCCCUCCUUCCCCUCGCGGCCCCCCCUCAGAUGCCCGCAGCGCAACCGCUCGCACACGACCAUCAGCACCGCGCAGUCCUCCUCCGCGCGGAACCACGACCGGGUGUACUUCCGGUGCGGGGAGUGCGCCGCCGGCUUCGGGAACUUCAUCUGCUGGGCCGACGCCCUGCGCGUGCGCGCCGACAACCCGCGCUGCGACUGCGGGCACCCGGCGCGGGAGGACAUCACGGGGGACGCCGCGACCGUGAGCGACGUGCUGUUCUACAAGUGCGCCACGAACGCGUGCGCGUUUCGGAGGUUCGAGUGGGAUGACCCGCUGAGUGCGGAGGAGGUGAAUCGGUUUUGUGGGAGGCGGGUGUAUAUGCUUUGAUGCGUUUGAUGGGCAUGUGUCGGGCUGUGUGUGCUGCGUUGUUUGUUAUGGGGGGGGCGUGGUUGGAGGGAGGGAGGAAAAGGGGGGUGGGUGAACCUGACAGUCGGAUGGGCUCAUAUUCUUCAAGAUUUCCUUUCUUUUUACUUCUGAACAUCCUAUACUCUUAAGAUACCUACCCAUGUACUCAUAAAAAUGCUGCUUGUAUGUACCUAACUUAGGUAAUUAUGAUUAGUGAAUGAAGGAUUGAAUAGACGGCCUGCCUCGGGAACUUCUUCUAUGUGCCAUAAAUUCUAGAAAAUGAGCAAUAUAAGUCUUCAUACAGCACUUUACAAAUAAAUAAACUCAUACUUGAACAAGAUCUCUUUCA